AGUUUCAGUAUGUAUCUGUAACUCCAGCACCAGAGAUUCUCCCGUAAUUAAAAUGGACUGAAUGUUUCAAGGAUCAAAUCAGGAUGUUUAUUUUCAUCUGGUUAAUCGUGUCUCUCUCUACUAACAAAGGGGCAUUAGGAGAGGAAAAAUACUGUCAAAUCACAGAUUAUUGUGUUACCCUUACAAACAAUACAGCAGAGGCUGGACAUUGUGCUGUGAUACCAUGUUCUUUCACAACUCCCUUUAAACCCAAACAUAUUAUUUGGUAUAAAUGUGACAGAAUCAAAUGUUCAGAUUCUCACACUGUAUUUCACUCUGAUAAGAACAAUGAAAACGUUCAGGUUGGAUUUAAAGGUCGAGUGUCACUGCUGGAACCGGAUGUGACUCAGAAGAACUGCAGCAUCAUGAUCAAUUAUCUCAAUGAGUCUGAUUUUGGAUCAUAUCAGCUCAGAGUAGAGGGAUAUAAAUCACAUGAAAAAUUUACAUAUACUGUUAAAAGAACAAAUCUCUCCUUAUCAGAUCUGAACCAAAAGCCCAAAGUGAUGAUUCCUCCACUGACCGAGGGGCAGCAGAACAGUCUGACCUGCACUGCUCCUGAUUUCUGCUCUGGGUUACCUCCUAAAAUUACCUGGAUGUGGGGAGGAAAAGAAGAAAUUGAGUCUAACUUUCCAGGAAACAUCACGGUUUCUUUAGAAACUGAGACUCUGACUAAUUUCACACAGAGACACCGCUCAAUUCUGACAUUUAACCCUUCAGCUAAAUACCACAGCAGAAAAAUAACCUGUAAGGUCAGCUUCAAAGGUGACACAACCACAGAGGAGACUGGAACUCUGAAUGUAAACUAUAGCAGAAAACCCCAGAUAUAUGGCAAAACAACAGUUAUGGAAGGAGACGAUCUGAAUCUGACUUGCAGUGUUGACAGCGUCCCUGCAUCAGUUAUUAAGUGGACUAAGUCUGGAAUGGAAAGCAUCAAUAUUUUAAGGAAAGCAGAUAACAGCACAGUGAUGUACCCGCAGGAAAACAGUGGAAACGUCUCUUUUUCCAUCAUUAAUGUAACAGCCAAAGAAGCUGGACGUUACAUUUGUACAGCGACAUAUCAGAAUGUCAACAUGACAGAAGAAAUCCAUGUGAAAGUGACCUUGAAAGAACACACAACUAAUAUAAGAAAAGGUUUAUCACUGGAAAUCGUUAUAAUUGCCUUUUUUUCUGGCCUCCUCCUUUCUGCUAUCAUCUGCUGUUUGUUCAUGAAAGUCUACAGUAACAGAAGAAAAACGGUAAAACCCAUUGAAGAUGAUAAAACUUACAUGUCUCUGGAAAAACUUGAUACAUCACCAGAGUAUGAUGUCAUUGUCCAACGACCACGCUGAUAAGUCUACAGAGAUUGUUGUCACUUAGAUCUUAAAUACGGAAAAUAUUUUAUAUCAGAUUUACUGUUUUAGACACAAAAGAAAAGAAGAAAGCAUGAAUGUUUUGUAGAAAAGAAAAAUGAUUUCAUCCAAAAAUACAAGAAAUAGUAAAUGGCUCUGUAUAAGAAUAAAAUAUUUCACAAAUAACACCAGAAUGAUGAAUGUUGUAUAGGUUUCCCAAUUUAUUUUUAAUUUCUUUGCUCCUUUCCCCUCAUAGGUUGGGUUAUUAAAGUUCCAUAUAUUGUUUAUCUUUUCUUUCAUUUUUAUACCAUAUCUUUUUUUUUUUCUUUUUUAACCACGUCCUGUCCAGCAGAGUAGCGCUCAGAAUUGUUGUCUGAGUGCCAAG